AACCCUCCAUCUCUCUCUGUCUCUCUCAUAACCCUCUUUUCUGCCAUGACCACGUCAGAUAGCAGGAGCUCAUCUCUCAAACCUCUGAUCUCUCUAAUCUUCCUUCUCUCCUUUCCACGGACUUCUCUCUCUUACAGGCCAGGAGACACGUUCCCCAUGAGCAAGAUGGCCCAAUAUCACUCUGAAGAGGCAGCCAAACAGGCUUCAAUGGCAGCUGCUGGAGCUCUCAAGGCCGUGGCUAUCAUCACCGGCGACAACAGAAGCAUCAGAGGCUCUCUUCAGUUCGUCCAGGAUAUCAACGGAGCCACCCAUGUCAUUGGGAAGAUCACAGGCCUCUCUCCGGGCCUCCAUGGAUUCCAUAUUCAUGCGCUCGGCGACACCACCAACGGAUGCAAUUCCACUGGUCCUCACUUCAAUCCAUUGAAGAAGAAUCAUGGAGCUCCCACUGACCAAGAACGGCACGCGGGUGACCUGGGAAACAUAGUUGCUGGACAAGAUGGAGUAGCUGAAGUUCGUCUGAUGGAUAUGCAGAUUCCUCUAAGCGGGCCGCAUUCAAUACUAGGAAGGGCUGUCGUUGUUCAUGCUGAUCCUGAUGAUCUUGGCAGAGGUGGGCAUGAGCUAAGCAAGACAACAGGAAAUGCGGGUGCCAGGAUCGGAUGUGGUAUCAUUGGACUUCAAUCAGCAGUUUAGCCGUGUUUCUACAUGUAUCUCUCUACACUAGUGGAUGUUUGAUAUCAAGAAACAUACAACUCUCUCUCUCUCUCUCUCUCUCUCUCUCUCUCUCUCUCUC